GUACGUCUCGGCAGCUGCAGCUGCUUGUCAGGCACUAUGGAUGCGAAGAUUGCUCGAGGAUCUGAAAGAAAAGCAGGACGAGGCUACUAUCAUCUACUGCGACAACAAAUCUGCAAUCGCCAUAGCCAAAAAUCCAGCACAGCACGGGAGAACCAAACAUAUCGACAUCAGAUUUCAUUUCAUUCGUGAGCUGAUCGCGGAGGAAAAAGUCAAGCUAAUUUACUGCAGCACUGAUCAUCAAGUAGCUGAUAUUCUUACAAAAGCAUUACCGGUUCACAAGCAUGAAUACUUUAGAGAGAUGCUGGGUGUGUGUGAAUUCUCUGAGUAAGGGGGUAUGUUGACUGCUACUCACAGAAAAGAAGCAUUAGCUUAGUGGCUGAUAAGAUUGAAUGUUGACUGAACUGUACGUGCAUGGGUAGCGUUAGCCAGCUAUGAUGGUAUUGGUUGGUGGCAAGCAUUAGCUUUUUUCUGUUUACUUUUAUCACGUGAUCCUUUGUUGUUUGAUUGUGCUGAGCCAGCACAUAAGCUUUUAUAUAUUGUAUGGUUGUAAGUGUUGUGUAAGUGAGAUAAUAUAUUUCUCCUUCAUAUCUAGAAUUCAGUCUCUUUAACCUUGCAUCCAUACUAAUCUCAACUCCACCUGUGAAAUCUGAUCCUCACGUUAACAUGGCAGACCCAUCUGUGAUCCAAAUUCCUCUUAGCACUACAAAGGCCACAACAACAGAGCUCAAAGAAUUCACCCAAUCACCAAAAACCAUAACAACAAUAAAGAGUCCAAACUCAAGUUCAUCCAGCGUAGUGAUUGAUAAAACCUUAUCAAGCGCUGCCAACCUAGCAAAACUACUCCCUUCUGGCACAGUCCUUGCACUCCAUACUCUAUCUCCAUCCUUUGCAAACAAAGGCAUCUGCUACCCCGCUAACAGAUACCUAACCUCAACUCUCAUCCUUCUCUGCACCAUCUCCUGCAUCUUCUUCUCCUUCACAGACAGCCUCAUCGGCAGCGACGGCAAGCUUUACUACGGCGUGGCCACCUUCAAAGGGUUUCAUGUUUUCAACUAUGUUGGAGAGGAAGAGGACUAUGACAAAGUGUUUAAAAGAUUGAAGAAACUGAGAAUAACUACUCUAGAUUAUGUGCAUGCCUUUUUCUCAUCUUUGGUGUUCUUCAGUAUCACUUUUAGUAAUGCAAGUAUACAGUCUUGUUUCUUCCCUAAUGCUGGAAAGAAUACUAAAGAGUUCCUGGUGAACUUGCCUCUAGGUGCUGGCUUUUUGUCUGCACUUAUCUUCAUGAUUUUUCCUACGUCAAGGAAGGGGGUUGGCUAUUCUGAUGCCACACCUACUCACCAAUAUUGAAGAAAGGUUUGUUUAAGUUACGUCUUAGAGACUUAAAUCAUUGUUGUGUUAGCUAGUUUUGUGACUUAAGUUAUGGAGGCUUUGUAUAAUAUUGUAGGAUAUAUAUAUAUAUAUAUAUAUAUGUUGAGAUAAAGGUGAAAUUUGUUUACAUUCUAAGGAUUUAUGUGGAGU